AGCUGAAGAGGACCUUCAUUUCGAACACAUUUAUCAUUUCAAGAACUGUGGCGUGUGCAGCUCAGUGUGUCUGCUCAGGUGAGAAGAAGCCAACAAUGAACUUAAAUAAGUUGAAAGCAAGCCUGAAGAUGACUUCAUCUCAGAUUUGUUCACUCUACACAACAAAGAGUGAAAUGAGCUGGAGCGAGAAGUUCCUUUUGCUUAUUUCAUGCCUGAUCACCAGUUUCAUUUUGGCUGUUUUUUUCCUCCUUGCUCUCCGUUUCCCCUUGAACUUUGGCAUUGAGGUCUCCAUUGCUACCACUGCAGUGUUUUGGCUUUGCCUUACGCUAGCUAUGUGGUUUUCUCCAAAUGUUCGUUGUUUUGGAAUACUGUUCCUGAUGUCCAUCGGCUUGAAACAAGGCAAGAAACAGCUCCUUACAGCUGGCACAACAAUAGUGAUCUUAUUGAACAUCCAGAACACUCUGAUGAACCUGAAAGGACUUGGAAAGAGUUUAGUCUGCAAUUUGGAGGAAAAGCUUAUGACCAUUGACCUCGCACCUCUCAGCAACUAUAUCCGCAUGCUAAAAUGGGUGGCCUCCACGCUUAAAAAUGGACUAACCAGUUUUUUAGGUGAGACUUAUGACACUGACUUCAAACUGAAGCCAAUUGUGCAUUCAGGAGAGUUCACAAAGAAAAUAUCUGAAGCACAGAUGACCAUGAACAAGACUGCUGAGAAUGUGUUGGUUGUCAUCAAUGGAAUUUCAUCCAUAGGAAAGGAAAUAUCUCCAGUUGUAGGGGUUGUGAUACUCAUCAUUGCCACUGUUGUCUACUUGAGGAGGUUUCGCUUUAACAGAAAACAGAAAAAUGUGUUACUUACAAAAAAAUUUGUGAAGUAUGAUGAAAGCCAACGUUUACAAGGAAAGCCCUCAGUCCUCCCUCUGACUAAGAAGGAAUCAAAGCGUUACAUUAUUGUUCCCUCUGCCCAUUUAACCAAAAAAGAUGUGAAAGGCAUGCUUAAAUUCAGCAUCUCGAUUGUAACACAUAGUAUGGCCUGGCUCUUCUUCAUAGGACUUGAUGCUCUUGUUUAUUGGAUUAUCUCUGUUUUGAGCAAGCGAUUAGAACAGCUGAAGCCACUCCAUGUUCCUGUGUUACUGAAAGUGGAGGAGGGAACCUUUUUUAUCGGCAUUAACAUUGGACGUGAGCAAAAGGUCUAUGACUUUUCCUACGAUGUGCCCAUUUUUGAAAAGAAGUGCUUGCCAGCACCAGAACUAUGGCUCUACGAAUCCGUCGUCCCUCUGUCAAUUAUCUUUGGCUUGCUGGUUCUUUUGAUGGUAGUGUCUUCAAAGCUCAGUCAAUUGAGGCUCAUUGUGUCUGAGCAGUUCUACUCAGAAGACGCAGAGAAUCGGAUUGCCAAGCUUCAUGCCAAGAUCCUGAAACGAAGAUCGAAAUGGACGGCCAAGGAUGCAAAAAGAACCCUGAAAUCCUUUGCCACACAGCUCCACUUUUGGUUUCCCAUCAUUUUCCGUUAUUCAAGCAACAACCAUGAGAAUAAAAUUUAAGGUUUGUUUUCAGUUUGUUUUUAAUUACCUUGCAUAUUUGUAAACAUUUUUUGGAGACAAAACCAACCUUCAGUGGUAUACAGUUUGUAUGUGUCCAUUAUACAUUAUUAGAAAAACUAGGCUAAAUCUGGAAUUUUCUCUCUGGGAGAAUCCUUACCUAUCCAGAGAACACCUAAAGAACCCUGAGAAGAAGACCUUUUGACACUUUACUACACAAUGUAGAUAUCUGAGGUUUACAAUGUCUUGCAAAAGUAUUCAUC